AUGAAUUUGACAACAUGUGGUAAUAAUCUAAAACCACAGCCUGUUUUUCAUCAUACAACUGUCUGGAACGAAGAUCAUCAAGAACAUAUGUUUCUAAAAGUUGAUCCACAAGAAAAAUUUGCUUACGUUUUUGCCGAUUCAUUUAUACUUUCUUACGAUUUGUUUACCGAUCAAAUCAAUCAAAUUAACAAAACUAAUUCUAUCGUUUUCGGUAACAGUUACGGAUCGUUUGCUCCUUAUGCGUUUGAUUUAAAAAAUGAUUGGGCUGCUGUUGCAGGAUUUCAUUUAGUUCAAAAUUAUUCUCGAAGUAAACAAUGUCUUUAUAUAUUUGGACUUCAACCACUACGUAUAAUGAAUGUGAGUGUUAUUGGUGCGGACGAUAUUCAAGGAAGUGAAAGAACUAGCUACACUCGAGAUUAUGAAAUGUCACUUUCAAUUAACCCUUCGGGAACGACAAUAGCUAUUGGUGAACUUCAACUAAAUAAAGUGACAAUUGCGUAUUUGGGUGGUAAUGAAUCACAUCGAUUUGUUUCGAAAUUUCACGAGAUUAGUGAAUCUGAAAAUUGGUCCGGUUUUGGUUAUUCAAUUAGCUGGCUCAAUGAUGAUAAUACACUCGCUGUUCUCGUGCUCAAAUCGACAAAUCACACUUCGUCGAAAUCGGAAAUACAAGUAUAUAAAAACAUAUUUCUUAAUCGAACUCGUGGUUCAAUCGUACCUACCUUCGUUAUUCCGAAUAAUCAACAGACCUUGAUGAGUAUUCAACGUUCAAAGUCUUGGCGUAAACAUUCUUUCCGCCGUAUUCGGACACGCUCGAACAAUUUAUUAAUCCAGCUAAAAAAUGUUGAUAUCGUAUAUAUUCCAUCUGCUGAUGCCGGCUUUUGUUCUAUGGAGCCCGUAUUGAUCAACUUUCUAAAUCUGUACGUCUUGAAACCAAGACCAUGUGUAAGUGGAUCUUAUAAGAAUACAUCUGGUCCUGGUCCGUGCACGAUUUGUCCACCACGUACAAAAAAUCCUGGAAAUUAUCCGUCAAUUCAAUGUCGACCUUGUAAUUUAACUGCGUUUUGUUCAUUGGGCGCUAGUGAUGAUGUCAAUUUAACUGACUUUAAUUCGUAUAUUCAAACAUUCAGUUAUCCAGAUACACCUAUUAUCGAUGACUACGAUGAUUUAUUAUUAUUAAAAUUUUUUCCUGCUAAUAUUGAAUGGAGUUGUUUCAUUUUUACGCCUCUUUUCUGGACUCUAAUGGCUACAAUACUAUGUUUAAUGGUAUGGUUUAUUAUGUUUUUUAUUAAACGACGACGUCUAAAUUCGAUCGAUAUCUACCGUCAACGAGCGAAGAUCGUUUUCAAACAUACCGAUCUUAUUGGCGAAGGAGAACGAUGGAUUGGUGGUCUCGCAUCAGUUAUCAUUUUUACUAUCAUCAUAUAUUGUACGAUAUUUGCCAUCUUUUACUUCUAUUCGUAUCCCAUCGAGAAAGCAGAGGCGGUCGAUAAAACAUGCGGUAAUACUCAACGAAAUACGAAAUUCGAUAAUGCACUUCAACUGCCCUUACCUGAAACUGAUGGUACUUAUUGGAAAAUAUUCGAUAUGCUCAACGAACAACCGUUCACUAUGACUAUACAUCUAGUAAAUACACGAGCUCAGUGUAAUGAUAUCACUGUUGAACGUAACAGACGUACGGGUACUCCUUUAUCAAUAGUCGAAACAAAUUGUACACUGUCACCAAACAAUGUUAGUGGUUCGUUUAGUUUUAAUCUACCUACUCAUAAGUCCUCUGUUCGAGUUGGUAUCAAUGGGCCGUACUUCAUCGGAGCACUUCGUAUUUGUCUACAUGGAAAAUCUCAUGCUGAAACUGAUGAUUUCGCAGUACAUGAAUUGCACGAACUUGAUGUAUGUACUCUUUUCUAUGCGAAUAAUCAAACGAUUGGACGUUCGACUGAUUUCAUUGUACGUCUCAUCAAAGUUAUUAAUGUAACAAAGCCAUUACAUCGAAAUGAUAGAACAUAUUACGGUGGCAUAUUUGCUCCAUUUAUUACAUAUACCGAUAUUCUCUCGGAUGAAUUGUAUUUUGCAGAAAAAGGAGAAUAUUUACGAUAUUCUUCUAGACAAACGACUGUUAAUAUUCAGCUUAGAGAAGAAAUUUAUUUUGUUCAAAACAAUCAAUCACCCAUUAUUCGUCGAGGAGCACUUUUCUUUCAUACACUUCUCUUUAGUAUUUCACUUAUAGAAAUAUUUGCAAUGUUUUUUCUUCUUUACAAGCUCUGGUUUUAUCCUAUUCAUCAACGUAUUCAAAGAUCUCAAAAUGAUCCAGCUGAAGAUGUGCUCCAGUCGAGUCAGUCGCACAUCACUAUAGAUGUAAAUUUUGUUUUCUAA